AUGAGUCUAAUGAGAGGUCACAACAUUCCUAAAUCAAGUAAGAUACUAUUAAGUAUAUUACUAACAACAACAACAACAUUAUUUAUAUUGAAAUAUAGAACAUAUAACUAUUUGAAAUUACAAGAUCCAACACUUGAAGUAUCAUUUCAUGAUAUAAAUAUUCCAUUUAUACAAUUAAUUCCCAAUUCAACAAUAUAUAAUCCAUGGUGUAUUAUAACUUCGAUAUUUGCAGAAAUAUCAUUAAUCACUUUUAUAUUUUCAUCAAUUGUAUUAUUUAUUGGUUCAAAAUUUGUUGAAAGAUUUUGGGGAUAUUUGGAAGUUUUAAAAUUUAUAUAUAUAAUUGGAUCAAUAACAAAUUUAAUUACUGUAUUAAUUGCUAUAUUAUCCAAUAUAGCUAGAUCAGAUUCCAAAAACAUGAACUCACCUUUAGGUGGUGGUAUAUCUUAUUAUUUUGGAUUUUUAGUUGUAUUCAAACAAUUAAUACCUGAACAUAAUAUUGUAUUAUUUCAAGGAUUAAUUAAUUUUAGAAUAAAACAUUUACCUUUUGCUUUACUUAUCAUUUUAUCCUUAUGGUCAAUUUUAUUUGGUUCAUUAUAUCCAGCAGUUCCAUCAACUAUAAGUUUUUUUAUAUCAUUUAUAUAUCUUCGAUUUUUUCAAAUUAUUAAAUCAGAUACUUUAUUACCAACAAAUAAUAAUCAAGAUAUAUCAGUUAUAAAAGGUGACGCAUCAGAUACUUUUCAAUUAGUUGAGUUUUUUCCCAACGUACUAAAACCGUAUUUGACACCAAUUUUUAAUCAAAUUUAUGAAAUUGCGAUAUUUUUAGCUAUUAUUACUCCGUUUAAUGAUGAUAUAGUACAACAAAGUAAUACAAGAGCUUUAAAAAGACAAGAACAAGUUAAUCAAAUAAAUAAAAGUGUUGCUAGUUCUGUUGCUGAAAGAAGAAGACAAAUUGCUUUACAAGUUAUUGAAGAUAGGAUUAAUAAAGAAAGUGGGAAAGUAUAA